CUUAUUGCAUCACGAGCGCCUUUUUAGCUCUGCGAGAGGGAGGUAUCAGUGGGCGCAUGCGCACCCCUUUCUUCAUUUCUCCGUACUUGGACCAAGGCGGAGGAUUCGCAGGAAAGCUUUAGAUCCGCCGGUGGCCUCAUAAGCGCACGUGAGAGGUGCCCGUCCCACAAAUAUUGCUUACCCGAUCACAACAACAGCAACUACCCCGUCUAAACGAAAACGCUGCGAAGAACGCUUUGUCUUGUUGAGGAUUCUGCCUGAAGUCCCAUCUAGUACUUUUAGAAUAUCAUAUUAAACAUUUGAAGAAGAUUCUCUGGGGGUCGUCGUGUCCGGUUGCGGUCCAGUUUGUCGCCCUCCUAUACUGCCCAGUACAUCUUUUUAUACCUAUAAUUGAUAUCACAUUGGAGCACUUAGCGCGGAAUUAGUUUUGCCCCUCCUCCUAAGUUUGCAACUAAAAAAAAAUAUUUUUUGCCGACUUUCGAGUUGCCGACUGCUGUUUGACACAGUAAUAGAAGCGAAAUGAAUAGCGCGGCUGUCAUUGGCAGGCAACUGCGUCAGCAAAACACAGGAAGAGGUGCACCCCCUCCCGGUAAGGGCCGGCAACGAGCUUUUUCACACCAGCCCCUCACAAAUGCCCAACUCGCGCAACUCCAGAAACAAAAGGAGGAGGAAAAGAAAAAAGUUAGCACUAUACAGAGCAUUCGAAACAAAGUAACCGUCCAGUGUUUAUGGCUUACUUGUAAAGCCCUAAGUGGUGGAAUGAUUUUGCUGAUCAUCGGUACCACGAUGUCUGUCGUGGGAUUCUAUGCAGAUACUUUGUCCACAGAGAUCAGAGAGUCUGGUAACAGUACCAUUGAGGUGACUGAUAGAGAUCGUCAAUAUCACCUGCACAACCUAACCUAUGUAGGACCAGUUAUUAUGGGUCUCGGUGGCUUUUUCAUUGUUGCCGCAUUUGUUUUGACUUUUGAAACUCAUGACGACCGCUCGAAGGUUGUUCCAGUAACCGAUGAUCAUGCAUCAACCGAUAAUUCAUUACUCACAAGCCUGUUAAUUGAUGAUAAAAAAGAUAAACAGAAUGGACCUUCUUCAAGUGGACCAUACUUAUGUGUUCCACAAGCUUUUGAUGUGCCACCUCAACCCCUCAGAAAACAAUCUGUGACUUUAGCAAACGGUAAACCAGGAAAAAUCACUCCGAUUAAAGAAGAUGUUAGAACAAUUAUAAAAUCAAAAGCGAGUGAAUCAACUGGUGCCAGAAAAAAAGAUCACACGACAAUAGAAAUCGCUGCAGCAACUUGCUCUAGUAAAGGAGCCAAACCACCCCCUGCCUAUCUGCCUAUAAUGAAAAGAGAAUAUAGUACAGGGCCAAAUGGGAGAAUGAGAAAUCGAGAACUAAUGAUGAUGCAACUGUGCCUCGAUGAAUUUGUUCCAUCUCCUCAAGAUAUAGAAAUAAUUGAUCCUGAUGGUUGUGACACUCCUCGUCGGGACAAUGGCCCAACAUCUUCAAUGGACAUGGAAGUUUAUGUUUCAAACUGUCCUAUAACUGUACGUGUUCAGAUUGAACCUCGACAUUUGGCUUCAAUGGAAAGUGAUGGUUUAUCAGAUAGUGACAUAUCCGACCCCGGAGAAAUAGCUCGAAUUUCAAGGUGUGAUGUUGAUUUUCCAGAACAGCAAAUGCCAUUACUGGGCCGAUGCAGCCCGGCUUUCUCGUCCCCGGAAUUCCGGAGAGGGGGAAGCGCAGCUCCGCUUCUCAAACGGGACUCCAGCCGCAGAUUUCCUCUUCUAAGGCAAGGUGCUCUGGACAGCGGUAGAGGACUUGAUGUCCAAACUGAGACUAGUCUCGCAUAAUUUUACCUUCAUUUCAUGUUCUUUUAUUUUGAAAGGCUGUUGUUCAAUGUUUAAUUAAGCCAAAGAUGAUGAUAGACUCACUUCUGCUUCUUGAGCGAAGCGUACUUGUGUCCAUUGUAACCGUCUAUCGCCAACUGUGUCAAAUGUUUAUAUCCUUCAUCAAAAAAUCAUUUCCAUUCUCAACAGGGUAUCCAUAGAAACAAUUAAGAAAUGAAGGACUCCGCCCUCCUUGGGACAUGGAGAGUAUGUAUCUUAAAGCAGAAAGAAUGUACCCUAUGAGGCAUAUCUAUCUAAGAACCUUUUAUGAUAACGUUCAAAUACUUAACAUCGAUGAAAAUAACACGCAUAAAAAUAACUGGACAUAAAAGUUUCCUCGGGUCAAAGAUCUAAAAGUGUUUCUUUGGAUCAUUACGUUUAAGAAUAAACGAUCUAAAGCGGAAGAUCAGUCAUUUGUCAUCCAAAUGUUUUCAAUAUAGUUGUCAUCAGUAUAGGAAAAAUACGAAAAUAGUGUUUCUUACAGAAUAAGGAAAACUCCUAAGUUAAAUUGUGCACAUUAAAUAUAUUGAUGGUAUCGGGAUCUGAUAAUUUUUUUGCUUAUUUUUUUAUGAUAAAAGGUACGCUUUAGACGAUAACUCUAUUUACACACAUAACAAAUUUGGUAAAUGAAAAAAAAAAACACUAAACUGUAAUAUGCUGAAAGGAAUUCAUGAGAUAUAUUGAGUGCGUUCAGCGUUAUUUAUUUAGAAAAAAAUCAACACUCAAGGGGUUAUUCAGGGCAUUGUUAUGUAAAACGUUAUUCAAGAGAAAGAAAAUCACAUGAUUCUGAUUCAAUGAUAGUUUAAAAUAUUUAACUUAAUUGCAAUGAUGUCAUAUUUAACCAUAACACUCUUCAUUAAUAUUAUUGAUAUUUUUACGACUUUCAAUUGUAACACUUAUUGUAAAAAAAAACAUUAAUUUUUAAAGUACAACAUUUGAUUGUUUUAUAGCGUACAUUUUAUAACAAUUUAUCGUACUUGUGCUUAUAACUCAACUGACAUUUAAUGACGCAGCCAACAUUGUUUAAAAGCAGAUUUUGCAAAAGUAUUUAACAAAUGAGAAUCAUCGUAACUAGAUUCAUGUUUAUGCAAACAUCUUUUUUUUUAAAUGAAAUUUUAUUAAAUGAAAUUUUAUUAAAUGAAUGAAUGACUUGUUUUUUUUAUAAAUUUUUGAAUUAUGUUGCUGAAGAAAAUUUCCUAGCUUACAACUCUUUAUUAACAACUUUAUUCGCAAUUCUUUGCAAAAAAUGAUAAUUAAUUUUUUUUACAUUAUUUAAUUGACCAAAUAUAGCAAAAUGAUAUUCCGAUAGAUCUGCGGAGAGAUUUUGCUGGAUAAGAAAUGAAAAGAUCGUGUCACAUAAUAAAAUUAAGAAAAUUUUAAUUUGUAAUUACAAACAUAAUAAAUAUUUUAAAAAUCUCCGCAAACGCUAAUAUUAUUAAUGUCAUAUAUUGAGCAUACUACCUUUUUUUUGUCAUAAAAAUGUAUUCAAGCAAAAUAGCAAAAAAUGUAUUGUAGUUAUAAAAUUACAAUACUAAGUAGUGUUUUAAAAUAUAAUCCUUUUUUUUAAAUCUAAAAGUCUCAAAUGUAACAGUCGAAUGCUUAAAACUACAAAAAUAGUAAUAAAAUCUUGGGGGAAACUGAAAAUCACAGCAGAAAUUAAGCUUAAUCAAUUUGUAAAAGUACUUUAAAAUAGUUAAAUAAUAAAAAUCAGAAAAAUAGCACGGACCAUGAAAUGAAAUUCUUAA